AUGCUGCUUGCAAGCAAAUGCCCGGCCCUCGCCAAACCACCAGCUUUCCGCAAGUGGCCGUCGCUGGUGUCCCCGCUUGGGGAGGGAGUGGCAGGAAGGGAAGGGGAAGCAAUACCGGGACCUGCGGAACAGACUCCCCGAGGAGGCGCGGGAGCUGCUAGGGGAGCCGGACGGUAUGCUAGGGGAUUGCUUUGCUGCUUCAUCAUGUAUGGCUUGUACCCCUUUAUAUAUAAUAAAGGACCGCCUGAGAGAGAGAGAGAGAGAGAGAGAGAGAGAGAGAGAGAGAGAGAGAGAGAGAGAGAGAGAGAGAGAGAGAGAGAGAGAGAGCGAGAGAGAGCGAGAGAGAGAGAGAGAGAGAGGGAGAAAGAAAGAGAGAAAGAGAAAGAACGAGAUACAACAUGGUGGGCACGCAUGUCCAUGAUUCUACGCACCAGCCCCCAUGAACUACGAGUAAGAGAGAGCAUGAAAGAGAGAGGGAGAGGGAGAGAGCAAGAGAGAGAGAGAGAGAUGAGAGAGAGAGAGAGAGAGAGAGAGAGAAGAGAGAGAGAGAGGGGAGAGAGAGGGGAGAGAGAGAGAGAGAGAGAAAGAAAGAGAGAGAACGAGAGAGAAUAA